GCCAACAAAGGAAAAUUAGAUACAUUCCUUACACUUUCUCUUUCCUGCUCUCACGAUCUACCCUUCAUUCAUUCCCCAAAAUUCCAUAAAAAUCCAAUCUUUUUGUUGCUAUUCUAUCAUGGGAUUUUCAGCUUUUGAGUUAAAGUUGAGGUUUUGAUUCAAGAUUAAUGGUGUCUACAUUCAUAGGUGUGUACUCAAAGCUUGGGAAUUGUGGGGUGGAUUUGGAAACUAAAGGACAAUUAGGGUUGUGCAUUUGUUUUAUUGUAGAUUUUAGGCAAAUUUUGAUAGCUGGAUUGUUUGGUUGAAUCGUAAUAUGUGAGUUAUGGCAACGACUUCUUGGAGAAAAAUAGUGUAUCCUUGCUGGAGGCCUUCUACCGAGGGUGAUGGCUUUGGUAAUAGCGUUAGUGAUGCUAAUGGAAGGAAUGAGGGGUUGUUGUGGUAUAAGGAUAUUGGGCGGCAUGUUUAUGGCGAUUUUUCUAUGGCGGUAGUUCAAGCAAAUAAUAUAGUGGAAGAUCACAGCCAGCUUGAAUCUGGUUCUAUGAGCUCGGUUGAUUUUGGUCCACAAGGGACGUUUAUUGGAGUAUAUGAUGGUCAUGGAGGUCCGGAAGCAGCACGGUUCAUUAAUAAUCAUCUGUUUGAACAUAUCAAGACUAUUCGUGGUGCAGAAUUCACAUCAGAUAAUGAUGGAAUGUCAGCUGAUGUUAUAACCAAAGCGUUUUUGGCAACCGAAGAGGAAUUCUUGUCUCUUGUAAGACAACAGUGGUCAGUUCAGCCACAAAUUGCUUCUGUUGGGUCAUGCUGUUUGGUGGGUAUUAUAUGUGACGGGGUCCUAUAUAUUGCAAAUGCUGGAGAUUCUCGGGUUGUGUUGGGCAGAUUAGACAAGGUCUUUAAAGAGGUCAAAGCUGUUCAAUUAUCAGCUGAGCACAAUGCGAGUUAUGAAUCAGUUAGAGAAGAAUUGCAAUCACUGCAUCCAGAUGAUUCACAGAUUGUGGUCUUAAGGCAUAAGGUUUGGCGUGUAAAGGGUAUUAUUCAGGUAUCUAGGUCCAUAGGCGAUGCCUAUCUGAAAAGAUCAGAGUUCAAUAGAGAGCCACUGCUGCCAAAGUUUCGAGUUCGAGAGCCUUUCGAUAGGCCAAUCCUAAAAGCUGAGCCAUCAAUAGUUGUGCAGAAACUUUACGUGGAAGACCAGUUUCUUAUAUUUGCAUCAGAUGGCCUGUGGGAGCAUCUUAGCAAUCAAGAGGCUGUUGAUAUUGUCAACAACUGCAGACGUAAUGGUAUCGCUAGGAAGCUUAUCAAAGCUGCACUUAUGGAUGCAGCAAAGAAAAGAGAAAUGAGAUACAGUGACCUGAAAAAGGUUGACAGAGGGGUGAGAAGACAUUUUCACGAUGAUAUCACUGUGAUAGUAGUGUUUCUAGACAGUAAUUUCAUUAGUCGCAGCUCCAGCAAUGGACCCAUGGUUUCAGUGAGAGGAGGUGGAAAUUCAUCUAUCGGUGUUAAUAACCUAGUUUAAAUGGUCUAACUGCUUGCACCUAGUGCCACUGCCUGUUACAUGUCACGGAAUUUCUUUUGUUAAGUGAGUUUUAAGAAUCUAUAAGAUAAGGAGAAAACAUGUGCAGUUCUGCUCAAGUGUCUGCAAUCUCAAUCUAGAUGGUACAGUUGAUGAUUAUGUCAGGAAGAAGCCUUAUGGUAAACUAGGAAGUCUGUGGAUUGGCAUAUGAAACACUCAAGAAUACCUUUCAAGAAAUGAGCUGGGACUUGAGAUGGCCUCCCUAUAGCAGAAUCUGCCUCUGAAGGCGAGAACUUAGUACUUUAAAGUGAAGUUUACUCAGACUGUGACAAUCAAAUAUCUGACAAUUCUGUUCUUAAUUUGAGACCUUUUCUGUAGAUUUGUUUUUAACAAAAGAACCUAUGCAUUUUAAUGUGUUAAUAAUUUUGCAUUUUAUAGUCAACUCUCUAGUUUAGUCUUA